AUGCGUCGCCCGCGCUUGGAGCCAGCAGAGGAGCCGCCCGCCCAGGAAUGGGAACAGGCCCUCCUCCUGGCAGCUGCCUACGUUUCGGAUGCUCAGUACAACAGGAACGUGCCAUUUGAAACAUCCCCGCGGGCCAUCAGACUUUAUUGCUUUUAUAACCACUGGACCCUGCGAGUCGCCACAUACAUAUUUAUUUGUGUGGAUCUUUCUCUCGCCCUGUUUGAGGAACCUGCACUGUACCCGCUGCCCUUCUUGGCCACUGCCACAGUGGAAAUCCUCUGCCUGACUGUGUUCUUUGGAAGACUGAUGCAUUUUGCCAAAGUCACUCCUCAAAUGGUCUUCUGGAAGGACACAAAGAACAUCUGCAUCCUGGUGACCAUAGGGCUGACCCUGUUGGACCUGAUUAUCUAUGGGUCCCUGGAAGCCGCUCACAUCCACAGUGUCCGCUGGUCCAGGGCCUUGAGGCCAUUCUUCCUGAUCAACUUACCUGAGAGUCGUCAGGUGCGCAGAGCCCUCCGCAGCAUCCGGAACACACUGCCCGACAUCCUCUACGUCUUCCUCUUGUUCAUGUUCAGUGUGCUUGUCUUCUCCCUGAUGGCCCUGAAGCUUUUUGGGGAUAGGGGUCUGAAAACAGCAGAAGGCUCCCCCUACCUCACGAACAUUCUGGAGAUUGCGUUUGAGCUCUAUGUGCUGGUCACUACAGCAAACAGCCCCGACGUAAUGAUGCCUGCCUAUGACUUCAAUGGGUGGUACUCGCUGUUCUUUAUCGCCUAUAUCAUCAUCAACACGUACAUCUUCAUGUCCGUCUUUCUGGCUGUGGUUUACAACAAUUACAGGAAACACCUCAAGAAUGAGAUUCGCAAACUCGUAUACCUGAAGCGUUACAAGAUGAUCGAGGCAUUCAACAUCCUGAAGGUGCAGGUGGGCGUGGAGUUCGUGGUGCAAGAAGCCACAUGGAAGAGACUGGCAAGGCUGGUGGUGCCAGAUCUCAGCUCAUCCCAUCUGGAGCUCCUGUGGAAGAUCUCUGACGAGGGCCAGAAGGGGCACGUGGACAGAAUGAACUUUCUGCGCUUGGCUGACCUCCUCAACAUCCAGGUGGUCACCAUCAGCAUCAAGAAGCACCCACUGGACGUCUGGAUGCCGCGGAUCUACCAGUCAUCCGCCAGCCUCUUGGUGCAGAGGAUGGUUCGACACAGAGUGUUCGUGUGGGUUUAUGACGUCAUCAUCCUCCUCAAUGCCGUCUUCAUUGCCCUCGAUGAGAAGAGCCCUAUCAUCUCCCGGAUGGAGUGGCUCUUCCUGUCCCUCUACAUUGCUGAGAUCCUGCUGAAGCUGUACACAUACGAGCCCAGGGCCUACUUUGGAAGAAAGCAGUUCUGGAACUGGUUUGACGUAUUGAUUGUCAUCGCAGCCCUGGUGGCCACUGUGGCCAAUGCCACCAUUCAUUCAGCAAGAAAAUACAACAGCCAGCAGAUCCUGGAUAUCGUCUUAAUACUGAGGAUACUCCGGCUCCUACGGGUCAUUGUCAGCAUUCAGAGAUUCCGGGUGAUAGUGACCACUUUAAUUAACAUUGGCCCCACGAUGCUGACAUUUGGCGGACUUGUCUUCGUGGUCUACUACAUGUUCGCCAUCAUUGGGAUGGAAGUAUUCCAAGGCAAAGUGCAUUUCUAUGACGCGAACUUCACAGCGCCUGAUGCCCUACUGUGCGGGAACCCAGCCUUGAAGGGCUCGGCCUUUGCUCGGGCCAGGUACUGCAAGAACAACUUCAACCACCUGGCCUCUGCCUUCCUCGUGCUGACCGAGCUCACUGUGGUCAACCAGUGGCAUGUCAUUGCAGGCGGCUUCGCCCUGGUGACACACCAGGCAGCCAAGCUGUACUUCAUCGUCUUCCACAUUGUGGUGGUCAUCCUCAUUGUCAAUAUUUUCAUAGCGUUCGUCCUGGAGGCAUUCUUUGUUGCAUAUUCGCUGGAAAAAAGCGAAAUAGAAACUGCGAUCGAGAAGAAGAUUCAAGAGCUCGGUGUGGGAAUCCAAGAGGAAGAAGAACAAGAUGAAAAGCCGACAGCUAACCUGAGCGCCAAGGAUGGUGGCUUCAGUGGGGAGGAUGAGGGCGUUGAAAGGAAGGCCUCCAAGGGCUUGUACUGCAGGAUUGCAUCCAACAAGUACAGGACCGUGGAUGCCUUGCUGCAGCGGAUGUUUGAGUCUGAGAUCGCUCCUGACGAUGACGGCCCCUCCCUGGAUGAGAUCCUCAGCUUCUCGCCCAGUGACAUGUAUCUCAAGAAUCCCAACUUUGAAAGCAGCGCGUGAUGCUGGCCUUGCAGGGGCCAGGGCUGCAAGCCCAGGCGAGCUGCGGGCCCCCUCUGCGUGUGUGGUCUGGAGGCAACUUCCCCUGCCCUGGCUCCCCUCUGUGCUCUGAGAG